UGUGAAGUUAGUAUGAAAGGGAAGGAAACACAGAGAGGGGAUUGUAAGAGGAAGACGCAUGAAACUUAUUGAUGUCAUAUAUAUUUUAGACUUAACUUCUCCUUUUAUAUGAACACAAUUCAAACCAAGUAGACGCCUUUCAGUUGAGCUGUGCAGCCGUUCUGGAUGCCAGGAUGAAACCUGCUCUGCUCUGCAUGCUGGGCUUUUUCUUGCUCAGUUCUUUGCUUCAUGGACGUGCUGAUGGUAACUGAUAAACCCAGAGCCACCCUGACACCAGAGACAAGAAUCAUACCAGCAGGGGGCAGUGUUAUACUGACCUGCUCUGUGGACGGAUCUACUGGCUGGGACUUUUACUGGAUCAGAAAUGGACAAUAUUAUCCUGUAGUUGGAUCCUUCAAAUACACAGAACCACAUAGAACCAUCAGAGUCUCAGAGGGAGGAAAUUACAGCUGCAUAGGAAGAAUAAGAGGAGACUCAUCUUUUCAAUCAGAAACCAGUGAAGAGGUCACCAUUCAGAAAACUGUUUCUAAGCCGACUGUGAUCCUGCAACCAGGCUGGUCUCUGAACGAAGAUAAAGUCCAUCUGGAGUGUUAUAUCCAGAAACGAGCUCAGUGGACGUAUGAAUGGAGAAAAAACAAUUUCAAUUAUAAUCCAACAUCCAGGAUCAUCACAGCUGACAGUGGAGAUUAUAGCUGCAAAGGAACAAGUGACUAUUUGUUAACACAGUGGAGUGAUGUCAUCACAUUAACUAUCUCUCCCAAUAAACCCAGUUUGAUUCUGCAACCCAACUGGUCUCAGAUCUACAUAGGAGAGAAAGUCAGUCUGAGAUGUGAGAUCCAGGGAGGAACUGAGUGGACGUAUGAAUGGAGACCAACCAAUAGAAACUUUCCAUCAUCCAGUGAAUACAACAUCAUAUCAGCUACUGAGUCCCACAGUGGAGAACACAGCUGUAGAGGAAAAAGAGGGUUUUCCUUUACACCAUGGAGUAAUGUUGUUAAAAUAACUGUAUCACCCAAACCUCAGCCUGUCCUCUCUGUGUCUCCAUCAUGGCCGAAUCCUGGAGCCUCAGUGACUCUGAGCUGUGAGGGUUUGAAGCAUCAAUCAGCAGGAUGGAGGUUCUUCUGGUAUAAAGAUGUUCCUGAUCCAUCCAGCAACUCCUACAGCAUUGAGCUGCUGCCUGGCAGCACCAAUGGGACUGAGCAGAACUCCUUCAUCAUUAAUGGACCGACUCACACAGCAGGAUUUGUGUGCAGAGCAGGAAGAGAAGAACCAAAGUUUUACACUGAUUACAGUAAACCAAAGUUUGUCUGGUCUGCAGAUCCUCGUCCAGCAGCUUCUCUCUCAGUGAAUCCUGACAGAGUUCAACACUUCAGAUACGACUCUGUGUCUCUGAGCUGUGAGGGAAACUCUACUGAGUGGAGAGUGAUGAUGUUUAUAGAAAGAGAAGGACUGUCAGACUUUACCUGCUCCUCCUGGGGGAACAUGACUGGAUCUACAUGCACCAUUAACAUUUCCUGGAAUAAUAGUGGAGUGUUCUGGUGUGAGUCAAAAUCUAGAGAGUUUAGCAACGCUGUCAACAUCACUGUACAGGCUCAUUAUCAUGAUGGUGUUAUCCUGGUGAGCCCUGUUCAUCCUGUGACUGAAGGAGAUCCUGUUACUCUGAGCUGCAGAUAUAAAAAGCAAAAUCUUCUCUCCAAUGUGUUUUUCUAUCAUAAUAAUAAACUCAUCAAUAAUGACAGCAGAGAGGAGCUGAAGAUCUCUGCAGUGUCAAAGUCAGAUGAAGGUUUCUACAAAUGUCAACAUUCAGGAAAAGAGUCACCAAGGAGCUGGAUGUCUGUUAGAGUAACUGUAUCCAGUCCUGUCAGUUCUUCAUUUCCUGUCAUGUUGAUCGUUGGACCAGUUGUUGGAAUCGUUCUCAUUAUUCUCAUUAUUGUCCUUCUCUUGUUGUGGCGCCGCAGACGGUCCAAAGAUUUAAGCAGUAACAGAUUGAAUCAACCAGAGAGCAUCAAUCCAGCCUCAGCUACAAAUCAUGAAGUGACCCAGAAUGACGGUUCUGUUUACAGUUCUCUGCUUCAUGGUGACACUUCCCUCUAUGAGACAAUCCAACUCAGCAGAGCCUCAGGAAACGCAGAGAAGAUUUAUCAUCCAGCAGAAGAUACUGACUAUGCUAAUUGCUAACCCAGGAAAGAGGAAUGUGAUGGUUCGUUCUCCAUCAGGGCUGGUCCAAGGCAAAGGCAACACAAGCUGAGUGUCUGCUUAGGGCCCGGGGCUGUUAGGGGGCCCUGUAAGUGGAAGUGAUUCAUUUUUUUAUUAAUGAUUUCUAUGUGAUUACAUUAACAAAAACACACAAUUUCCUUAUAAAGUUGUAAGU